AUGAGAGUCAUUUCUUGUGCUAUUUGUGUUCUGCUUACUACAGCUAUAUGGGAGAGCGUGAAAGGAGCAAAAAGGCAGAAUAAUCUGGAAGAGAAGAAGAUAUCUGUGGUGAGUUGUUUUGUUCAUUUUCAAAUUUGUAUUCAUUGGUAUAACAAACAAGAAGACAUAAGUGGGACAUCAUAUAGAACUGAUGAAAGCUUCAAUGCUAUUUUUUUUAAAAUAUUCUUAGCUUUCAUGGAGGAGCUGUUGAACAUCUUACAAAAAUUGUGUGGCAUAGUUGUGGAAGAUCAUAUGAAGAAAUCUGUGGAUGUUAUGUUUUCGGAAUUAUCAUGUCUGCGAAACAUGACUAAAGAUCUCUGUUUACUUGAAAAAAAUGCAUUCGUUAUUUGGUUACGGAUUCAUACACACAGUGAAUAUGGAGCUAACAUAACCAGAUACCUAGAUAUUGCAACAAUCCCUCUUCUAAAUCUAAAGACAUCAGUGACAUACAAGCUAAAUGUCACCGAUUUAGUCCCAUAUUUACGCGGUUAUACAGAAAAUCAACUUGUUUUCCUAACGACACAACUGAAAAUUGUAUCAGAAAAUUUGUCAGGUACUGGCCAGUGUCAAAGUCAUACUUCAAAUUCAAGUGAUUACAGAUAUGUUGUUGUGUUGCUUUGCGACAGUUGA